CGCGCGGCUUAGCCGCCCUGGCAGUUGGUGCAGCGGCGGUAGGGCUGGGUGCGCUUGCUUCACCCCUCCCCUCCUCCGUCCCGGGCCCCCACCCAGCCGGGCCCAGCCGCAGCCCCAGCCCCAGCGGCCCGUCCCGUGCGGGCCCUUGUCGUCCCCUCAGCCGGCGACGCCCCGGGCCGGCCGCCCGCCACCAUGGAGCUGGAGGACGGUGUGGUGUACCAGGAGGAGCCCGGCGGCUCCGGGGCCGUGAUGUCGGAGCGGGUGUCCGGCCUGGCCGGCUCCAUCUACCGCGAGUUCGAGCGGCUCAUCGGGCGCUACGACGAGGAGGUGGUCAAGGAGCUGAUGCCACUGGUGGUGGCCGUGCUGGAGAACCUGGACUCGGUGUUCGCGCAGGACCAGGAGCACCAGGUGGAGCUGGAGCUGCUGCGGGACGACAACGAGCAGCUCAUCACCCAGUACGAGCGAGAGAAGGCGCUGCGCAAGCACGCCGAGGAGAAAUUCAUUGAAUUUGAAGACUCUCAAGAACAGGAAAAAAAGGAUUUACAGACCAGAGUGGAGUCUUUAGAAUCUCAAACAAGACAACUUGAACUCAAGGCCAAAAACUAUGCUGACCAGAUUAGCAGACUUGAAGAAAGAGAAGCAGAACUGAAGAAGGAAUAUAAUGCAUUACAUCAAAGACACACAGAGAUGAUCCAUAAUUAUAUGGAACACUUAGAAAGAACAAAACUUCAUCAGCUUUCAGGGGGUGAUCAACUAGAGUCCACAGCUCAUAGCAGAAUUAGAAAAGAACGCCCUAUAUCAUUAGGGAUUUUCCCAUUACCUGCUGGAGAUGGAUUGCUUACACCUGACACUCAGAAAGGUGGCGAGACCCCUGGAUCAGAGCAAUGGAAAUUUCAGGAGUUAAGUCAACCACGUUCUCAUACCAGCCUGAAGGUCAGCAGUAGUCCUGAACCUCUGAAGGCUAUAGAACAGGAGGAUGAACUUUCUGAUGUUAGCCAGGGAGGAUCUAAAGCUACCACUCCAGCAUCAACAACUGCUUCAGAUGUGGCAGCAAUUCCUAGUGAUACUCCCUUACAUGAAGAGAAUGAAGCAUUUGUGAAGGUUGCAGAUACACCAGAUAAGUCAGAGAUAAGCAAGCAUAUUGAAGUACAGGUAGUCCAAGAAACUAGAAAUGUAUCAACAGACUCUGCUGAAAAUGAAGAGAAGUCAGAAGUUCAGGCAAUCAUUGAAUCCACUCCUGAGUUGGAUAUGGACAAAGAUCUCAGUGGAUAUAAAGGCUCAAGCACUCCCACCAAAGGCAUAGAGAACAAAGCUUUUGAUCGCAAUACAGAAUCUCUCUUUGAAGAACUAUCUUCAGCUGGUUCAGGUCUAAUUGGAGAUGUGGAUGAAGGAGCAGAUUUACUAGGAAUGGGUCGUGAAGUUGAGAAUCUUAUAUUGGAAAAUACACAACUGUUGGAAACCAAAAAUGCGUUGAAUGUAGUGAAGAAUGAUUUGAUAGCAAAAGUGGAUGAACUUACCUGUGAGAAAGACGUACUCCAAGGGGAGUUGGAGGCUGUGAAACAAGCCAAGCUGAAGCUAGAGGAGAAGAACAAAGAAUUGGAGGAAGAGCUUAGGAAAGCUCGUGCAGAAGCUGAAGAUGCAAGGCAAAAAGCAAAAGAUGAUGAUGAUAGUGAUAUUCCCACAGCCCAAAGGAAGCGGUUUACUAGAGUAGAAAUGGCCCGAGUUCUAAUGGAGAGAAACCAAUAUAAAGAGAGAUUGAUGGAGCUUCAGGAAGCUGUUCGAUGGACAGAGAUGAUUCGUGCAUCAAGAGAAAAUCCAGCCAUGCAGGAAAAAAAAAGGUCAAGCAUUUGGCAGUUUUUCAGCAGACUUUUCAGCUCCUCAAGUAACACUACUAAGAAGCCUGAACCACCGGUUAAUCUGAAGUACAAUGCACCCACCUCUCAUGUUACUCCUUCCGUCAAGAAAAGAAGCAGCACCUUAUCUCAACUCCCUGGGGAUAAGUCCAAAGCCUUUGAUUUCCUUAGCGAAGAAACUGAAGCUAGUUUAGCCUCACGCAGAGAACAAAAGAGAGAACAGUAUCGUCAGGUAAAGGCACAUGUUCAGAAGGAAGAUGGUAGAGUGCAGGCUUUUGGCUGGAGUCUGCCUCAAAAGUACAAACAGGUAACCAAUGGACAAGGGGAAAAUAAGAUGAAAAAUUUACCUGUACCUGUCUAUCUCCGACCUCUAGAUGAAAAAGAUACAUCAAUGAAGCUGUGGUGUGCUGUUGGAGUCAGUUUGUCAGGUGGGAAGACCAGAGAUGGUGGCUCUGUGGUUGGAGCGAGUGUCUUUUACAAGGAUGUUGCUGGUUUGGAUGCAGAAGGCAGUGAACAGCGAAGUGCAUCUCAGAGCAGUUUAGACAAGUUAGAUCAGGAACUUAAGGAGCAGCAAAAGGAGUUAAAAAAUCAAGAAGAAUUAUCCAGUCUAGUCUGGAUCUGUACCAGCACUCAUUCAGCUACAAAAGUUAUCAUUAUUGAUGCUGUCCAACCAGGCAACAUCCUAGAUAGUUUCACUGUUUGCAACUCUCAUGUUCUGUGUAUAGCAAGUGUACCAGGAGCACGAGAAACAGACUACCCCGCAGGAGAAGAGCUUUCAGAAUCCGGACAAGUAGACAAAGCGUCUUUAUGUGGAAGCAUGACAAGCAAUAGCUCAGCAGAGACAGACAGCCUGUUGGGAGGCAUCACGGUGGUUGGUUGUUCUGCAGAAGGUGUGACAGCAGCUGCCACUUCCCCUAGUACCAACGGAACAUCUCCAGUGAUAGAAAAACCACCAGAAAAGGAAACAGAAAAUAGUGAGGUUGAUGAAAAUGUUCCAACAGCAGAAGAAGCAACUGAAGCUACAGAAGGCAAUGCAGGGUCAGCUGAAGAUACCGUGGACAUCUCCCAAACUGGCGUGUACACAGAGCAUGUUUUUACAGAUCCUUUGGGAGUUCAAAUCCCAGAAGACCUCUCACCAGUAUAUCAGUCAAGUAAUGACUCAGAUGCAUAUAAAGAUCAAAUAUCAGUAUUACAAAAUGAACAAGACCUGGUGAGAGAGGAAGCCCAGAAAAUGAGUAGCCUUUUACCAACUAUGUGGCUUGGAGCUCAGAAUGGCUGUUUGUAUGUCCAUUCAUCUGUAGCCCAGUGGAGGAAAUGUCUCCAUUCUAUUAAACUUAAAGAUUCGAUUCUCAGUAUUGUACAUGUGAAAGGAAUUGUGUUAGUGGCCCUGGCUGAUGGUACCCUUGCAAUCUUUCACAGAGGAGUUGACGGGCAGUGGGAUUUGUCAAACUAUCACUUGUUAGAUCUUGGACGACCUCACCAUUCCAUCCGAUGCAUGACUGUGGUACAUGACAAAGUUUGGUGUGGCUAUAGGAACAAAAUUUAUGUGGUUCAGCCAAAGGCCAUGAAAAUAGAGAAAUCAUUUGAUGCACACCCCAGGAAGGAGAGCCAAGUGCGGCAGCUUGCCUGGGUGGGUGAUGGCGUGUGGGUCUCCAUUCGUUUGGAUUCCACACUCCGUCUCUAUCAUGCACACACUUAUCAACAUCUGCAGGAUGUGGACAUUGAGCCUUAUGUAAGCAAAAUGCUAGGUACUGGAAAACUGGGCUUCUCUUUUGUGAGGAUCACAGCUCUUAUGGUGUCUUGCAAUCGUUUGUGGGUAGGGACGGGAAACGGUGUCAUUAUCUCCAUCCCAUUGACAGAAACCGUAAUCCUCCACCAGGGACGUUUACUGGGGCUGAGGGCAAAUAAAACCUCAGGAGCAUCAGGAAAUCGUCCUGGAAGUGUCAUCCGUGUAUAUGGUGAUGAAAACAGUGAUAAAGUGACACCAGGGACAUUUAUACCCUAUUGUUCAAUGGCACAUGCACAGCUUUGCUUCCAUGGGCACAGGGAUGCUGUGAAAUUCUUUGUGGCAGUCCCAGGUCAAGUCAUCAGCCCACAAAGUGGCAGCAGUGGCACAGAUCUAACAGCUGACAGAGCAGGGCCAUCUGCACAGGAGCCUGGCAGCCAGACACCCGUGAAGUCUAUGCUUGUCAUCAGUGGAGGAGAGGGCUACAUUGACUUCCGAAUGGGUGAUGAAGGUGGAGAAUCAGAGCUUCUUGGAGAGGAUCUUCCACUCGAACCUUCUGUCGCCAAAGCGGAAAGGAGUCACUUGAUAGUGUGGCAAGUGAUGUAUGGUAGUGAGUGAACCCAUAGGAAACAGGUGGCGACGGGGAAGCCAUCUCUUCUGCAUGGUUUAUUUUCCCUUUUUCCCUUUAUUUAAUGCUCUUUUUGUGAAAUAAGUUUCACCACAUAAUGUAUGAGCAUUUUUUUUCUGUUAACUAUGCUAUAAAAUCUGUCCUACUGUAACAAUACAGGAACUAGCUGUUUUACUGCACCAGUGUUAUAGGCAAUUUCAGUAUAUUAUGAACAAAUCAAAGAAUGUUUACUUUCUGCAAACUGGUGAAUUUUAGAAAGCAAUCCAGUUGUGGUUUACUCUGCCACAGCUAAUGUCACUUACUUCAUUUGAUGGGGUCACUUUUUAGCUGUCACUAAUAAUGGAAUUAAUGGAAACACUUGAUAAAUGAAACUGUACCAUUAAGUACAAUAGUAAAGUUUUCCCCAAUGUAUUAUAAAAUUGACACAAACUAAUAACAGGUAGAUUAUCAGGAUUUAUCUAAAUGUCCCAAGAGGGCUAAACGCUAACUGUAAAUUACUUUAACUUUCACUUUCAAAUCUGACAAAUCUUGUUUAUAUGGUAUAUAAAACUUUGUUUUCAUCAGAUUUUGCGGGGGGGGUUUUAUAUUAAAGAAAUUAAGACUACACUAUUUAAAUAAAAGUUUCUUGUUUCUGACUUACUAGAGCUCUAAAGUUUAUGAGGCCUGCUUCUCUGAAUAUUCUGUUUUUUUUGUUUGCUUGUUUGUUUGUUUUUGAGACUAGUCUCUCAUUUUCAUACUGACAUGUUUGAAAGGUUUAUUAUUUAUAAGGCUUAGAAGAUAUACUCCAGCAAUGGGAGGAUUUUUUUUUAAGGAAAUUGUGUUUUGGAUUUCUUGUAUCAAUGGAUGAUGGUGGUUGGAUGAGUUUUUUUCCGUGUAAAAAAUUUACUUGUUUACCAGUUGUUCUUGGACUGCUCUUAUCAGUUAGUAAGAGUAAAGCUGUAGUGGUGAUGGAGUAUGGCCUAAUGAACUGAACAAGAGAUUUAAUUAGAAACGGUAUUUUCUCUUGUUCUGUAUAAAACUACACAACUGCCAGUACUUGAUAUUCAGUAUGUAAAUGGUAUUUAAGCUUUUGUGCCCUUUUGAGAUUAAAAGGCCAUCCUCAAUGAAGAAGACUUUGAAGGAGAAGAAGACAAAGCCAAAAUAGCAUAAAGUAAAAGUUGACAUUACAAUCUUUUCACUCACAAUGCCCAUUUAAAAAAUAGAGUCUGGGUAUAAUUGAUCUUCUUGUUUAAUAAGUUUUAAAAAGCCAUUAUGCUGCAGUUUUUUUCCCUCUCAGUCUUCUUGAAAAUUUAUGAUUUAUCAUUCUUAAUCCAUUACUUUAAGCAAAACUAAAUAUAAGUUUAAGCACUGUCUUAAAAUAUGAAGUUAUUGGACAAAGGCCCCGCCAGUCAUCGGAAGGACUACUUCAGGAAAAGGAAACAACAAAAGUCUCAGAUUGUCUAAGCAUCCUUAAGGACCAAGGACUUUUCUUUUGAACUGUAAUGGAGAGAUAUUUGUAAAAAGUACUACCAGUGUCUUUUAAGCAUAUAGAUGAUUAGGCUAGAUUAUAAAGUACACGGGAUUUAAUGCGUCAGAGGAGGCCUUUGGAUCCAUUUGGCCACAGGUGUCUAUAAGCACAUUAUGUACACAGUACAAUUGUGGCCACUUUAGAUGGCUAGGAGAAAAAAAACUCUUUUGGUAAAAGCUGUAUUAAAAGGAUAAUUUUUUUACUUGAGCUACUUAGUCACUUUUUUCAGGGCACCAAAACUUAGGUCACUUUUCCAUAGCUUAUAAGCUAUGUUUUAUGUUAUUUUAUUUUAUUUUAUUUUAUUUUAUUUUAUAAAUCUGAGCCAUUGUUGGCAAUACCUUAAAAAAAAAAAAACCACAUUAUUAAAUAUUUUGGAGGAAUGUUGUAUAAAUUCACAAAAAAGAGACACCAAAGUGUUCGGGAAUUUUAAUCCCAAGAAGUAAACAUCCCAGAGUCAGACCCCAUGUACUGUUCGGUCUUUUACAUGUUUCUAUGACUGACUGUAAUUUAGGAAAUCAGGAGUUAAAGAUGAAAAAUGCAAACAUGUUACAGUGGUUGUUUAUUGCUCUUUUUAAGCUUACCGGCUUUAACUUAAGGAAUAUAGGUGUGUAGUUAUUUUAUCUAAAAUUGUCAGAUAUCUGUGGCCCUGUUAACUUCAGGGACUAGAGAGUACAAAAAUGUCUGUAAAAUUUGUUUUAAGAGCUUGUCUUUAUGUUUGUAAUUUCAGUUAAAUAUUUUUUGCAGGUUGCUUUACUUCCACCUUUUCCCCAACAACAGGCUUAUAUUCUUGUAGCGUUCACUUUGGUCAAGGUGGUAGCCUUAGGAAGAAAAUGCCAAAAUGUAAGCUUCUUGCAAGCAGCGAGUGGUUGGUGUAAUUGCCUGUAGCUACCACAUCAGUGGUAAAGAAGAGGCUUGAGUACCUCAGGUUGGUCUCUCCAUGUAAAAAAAAAAAUUACCCCUAUUGGAAGAAAUAAGGAAUACCUGAGAAUUUUCUCAUUCUGUUACGUUUGGGUUAUGUAUGAUGUUGAACCAUGUGAAAUUGCUGAUGUUCAAACGUUGCUGAUUUACAAAAAUGACAGUAUCAUAUACAUCAACGUAAUACUUACUGCUCAAUGCAGGUUAAAAUCCCUGUGAGGCAAAGGGAGAAUAUUCUUUAGGAACUCAGUUUUGAGUGUUUUUUUCUAAUUUGUGUGGAUCUAAAUUUUUUAAAUAGGAAUGAAUAUCUUAAUAGCUGCAGCUUGUUGAGAGUGUAAAACAUUUUGAAUACAAAAUAUGCAGCACAUAACUUUUCACAUGAAGCGUGUUUGCAUAGAAAAGGUUAAAAUACAUUCUCUCAGUUUCUGUGUUGUUCAUUUCUUGUAAAGGUCUUCCUACGUGUGAGAAUGGACCCUUUUAACAUAGGUUGCCUUAGUGACAAAACAAAGCAAAACAAUUGUCUCAUAAUACUAACUGUCCUAAAGAACGUGUGUCUUGCAAAUGCUGUGGAACUGAAUAUUUAUUUCCUUGUGAGUAUUAUGACCAUUACCAAAGGAUUCAACCAGAUUUAGGGCUCUUCUUAAUUGAUCAUGUUGAGAAAGGGACUCGUUUUGGUCCCAGUUUGUACUAAGGGAAUAGAAGAGAAGAGAGAAUUAAAUGUGGAAAUCAUAAAUGCUUUUCUAACAGGGUUAUGCUAUUUUGUAACACUAAAUGUCUUGUCUUUUCUUUUUAAAAAAUUAAGUUUUUAUUAUUAAUUUUGUCAUACAUUUCUCAACACUUGAAUAUAUUUUAGCCAUUUUAUGGUCUGAAUUUGUUUUUUGUCCAGGACAUUUUAUUCAGAAUUUUACUUGCCUCUAUAAUCUUCAAAAUGGGUUCUAGAGGGUCCCACUUGCUGUUUCUUUAGAGGCUGAUGCUUCAUUUCUAUGAGCAAAAAGCUCAUUUAGCAAUGUAGUCAUUUCAGUAUUUAUUUCUAUUAUGGAAUCCCUGGGGUUCGGAAUGUAACUUUGUACAUGAAAUAUAUAUAAAUAUGUAUAUGACACAUG